AUGGUUAAAGUUGCCACCGAAAGCAAAAUCCCAGUCAGCCCUAAGCUUUGGGAAGACCUGCCACUGCAGCCGAGUCGUCGCAGGGAGCUCUCCCGGGUGGGGUCAGCUUCCAGCCCGGGAAGGGGUGGGAGAGGUGCCGCAAGGCCUGGGAUGUGGGGUCCAGGCCAGAGAGGCGGGGUGCGGCCGCUCAGCUACGGGAUCAACGAUCGCACCAGCCCCGGCGGUCCCGGCUCCCACCGCACCAGGUCCCGGCAGAACGCGGCUCGCAGCGAGGGCGCGGCCCCGCCAGGCCAGCGAUGGGGCGGGCCGGCGCCACGGGGCGCUCCGCCCCCGAUGAUGCGGCGGCCUCCGACUGGCCCCCGGCCCGUCACUCACUCCUCACCAUGGUUGCAGCACAAAGCAACAAGCCCCGGAGGCCGCUUCCUCCCUGAAGAGCGGCUCCGGCGGCCGCCGAGGCGCAGGAGAAGGAAGAGGCGGGGAAGAGGAGGCGGUCGCCGUUCAGCAGACGCUUGGCGGGGCUGCGCGCUCCGCUCUCGGCCUCGCGCCCGCCGGGGACCCGCGUCUGGCCCGCCGCGCCCGCCCGCCCGCCGCACGGACGACGCACAAAGUUGCCUAGAGCGCGGGGGCCGCGCGGGGAGCAGCCGCGCUCGGGCGCCGAUGGGGGCGGGCGGCUGGAGCUGCGCGGCCCGCGGGGAUGCAGCAGCAAGCCAGGGCCCCGCCGGAGAGGCUCCGCCCGCCGUCGCUUGCACCUCCCUAAAAAUAACUCGGCCCGCCGGGGCCAGCGCGAUCCGCGACCGUUCCGGAGCGCUGCCGGGCAGUCAGUCGCUGAGUCCGAGUCUACGGACAGCAAGCCGCGAGGAGGAGGGCAGCUCGGGGCUGCACGGACCCUUCGUGCUGUCUGCGCCCCGGCCCCGCGCCUGGGCUGCUUUGCCUCGGGCAGUGGCGCUGGGCCGGGAGGCCGGCGAGUGUGUGGAGCGGUCCCGGUGCGCCCCGCAGGGGGAGAUGGCGUCCUACGUGGAUAAUAGCUUCCGCCAAGCGGUGAUGAAGAACCCCGCCGAGAGGACCCCCCAGGACCUGGAAAUAGUGUAUUCCUAUUUACAUGGUAUGGAAGCCUUAUCCAACCUGAGGGAGCACCAACUAAGGCUAAUGUGCGAAACUGUGAGAUAUGAGAGACACGAAGCUAACGAAGUUCUAUACUAUCCUGAUGAUAUUGGCACCUGCUGGUAUAUACUUCUUUCUGGUUCCGUGUUCAUUAAGGAGUCCAUGUUUCUUCCAAGGAGCAGUUUUGGCAAGCGUUCUGCAGGAAGCUUUAGGCGUGGCUGUGAAUGCAUCGUCUUAGAGCCUUCUGAAAUGAUUGUGGUGGACUAUAUGGAUGAAAAUGAAGAAUAUUUCCAGCGUCAAGCUUCCCACAGGCAGUCACGGAGAAGAUUUAGAAAGAUCAACCAGAAAGGUGAAAGACAAACAAUUAUUGACACAGUGGACCCUUACCCUGUGGGUAAGCCACCAUUGCCUAGAGGCUACCACACGGAAUGCACUAAAUCUCAGCUCCCUGCAGACUUCACAAAACUGCACCUCACUGACAGCCUGCACCCACAGGUGACCCACGUGUCCUCCAGCCAUUCAGGAUGCAGCAUCACCAGUGACUCUGGAAGCAGCAGUCUUUCUGACAUUUACCAGGUAUGAAGGGCUUUUCGUUCUCGUCUGCUUCAUGGGAUUCAGAAAUUCUUAGAGCUAAGGCCUAUAAAGUAGAUUUAUGUGCACACAUCUAUAAAGUAGAUGUAUGUGCAUACAUUAGGCAUGCAUGUUGUGGGUAUGAGGUGUUGUGUAUGUUUCACUGGCUUUGCUAUGCUGUGUGUGUUUUUGGAAGCAGCUCUACCGCUGUGCUGUUACCAGUUGGCAGAAUGUUAGAGAGUGGUUAUGAGGGAGUUAGUUCUUGGUACUCUAAAUGUUUCAUUCAUUCUUCUGUGGAUAGUUGGUAUAGUCUGAAUCAACUAAAAAGCUGCAGAAUUAUCAUUUUAUGGUCAUAGCAACAGACAGAACCCUUCCCCCCCCCCAAUGUAGUUUAUUUUAGAGCCAAAUAUGAGUGGCUAU